AUGGUCGAGCCGACCCAAUGGUGCUCCGACAUCCCUUCCAAUCUCUCUGUACAUCAGCAUCAUCCUUCCUGCGACACCGCUUCAGAAAAACUUCAAAGAGUGAGCGUUCGCUCGUCUAUAUUACUGUUGGAAGGCUUUUUGUAUUCUUUCGGGCUCAGCCCAGUUCAGGCGGAGAUAGGGGCUCCGUUAGAGGCUGCCAUGCUCCGGGCUUACUCCUCAGAUAUAAAACGUCAAUCUUUCGCCGUUUUGAAAGCUAUAAGUCCAGAGCUUAAGCAGGGCUUAGCGGCUUCUUCCCGGUCUACCCCUUCUGCCUCCCAACCGGUCCCUUCCACCUCACAAUCUGCCCCACCUGCACCAGCUCAGGAGGAAGCUCCCUCGGCUCUUCCCCUGGAUGUGGCUGUAGAAGACCCUGCCACCUUGGGGCAGGUUGAGGAAGAGCGAGCUGCUUCUCCUCCUCCCGCCAAACGAUUACGCCUUCAGCGCAAAAGGAAGAAAGUUACUCCUGCGACUCAGGAGUCUCCUCCGCCUCUUCCCUCAGGCUGGCGGUCAUCCACGGCCUCUCAAUCUUCAGCGGCCAAAGCCGUUACUCUCGACUGGGAGAUUGAUCUGGGACCAGAGGUUCCCACUCUGUCACUCAGAAUAUCCACCCCGACACCUGGUCGGGCUGUUACUCCCGAGCAGGCCUCUUUUCCCACUCAGGCCUUCUCUCUCGGGCAGCUCCCUCUUCAGGUAACGAAUCAACCCGGGAGUUCCCCCACUUUAUCCACCUCACUUCCAGCAAUCGCUUCGGCCUCUACUUCUCGAUCUCGGGGGAAAAUUCACAAGAAGUAUGCCUUUACCGACUCUUGGCGCCUGCCCUCCUCCACCGAGCCCGACGCCGCCGAAGAAACUACUGAAGAGGCUCCUCCCCCUGUUGUCCUGGUUAAGCUACAGGGCAAUUUAGCCGCGUCCUAG